AUGGAGCUUCCGAAGCGCACGGGGCGACCGAUGCACCCUCUGUGGGCGCAUUUCCACCGCGGAGAGAAGCGUAACCGGUAUCACUACCACGCAUACUGUUCGUACUGUGUAGCUCGUCACGGUGCUGAUCGCGUACCGCCAACGCGCGGUGUGUCCACAGACAUGCUCCGCCACCUCGAGAGCUGUACGAAUUGUCCUCGUAAAGUGGUGGAUGCAGUCAAAGAUCUUUGCAAUGGACGGGAGCGAGCGACACACACCAAGAAGAGCGCAAACACUUGCUCUAGUACCAGCAAUGUGGACCAAGAAUUGCUCUUAGACGCCGUAGCGUCAAGUGCCGCACCAACGAUGGAGACGUCAGCAGAUGACGCGGCAGGGACGGAGGACGUUUCAGUAAGCGGCAAGAGGACAGCCAGUGAAGCGCUUACAGACGAGACGUCGUUGGACACUAGUGGACACGCACACAAGACAAAAAGUGGACAGAAUGCUACCGAGUUUUUGACAAUAUCGACUAAACGCGGACGCACGGAAAGUAGAGACCCAACAGAGGAGGACCCUUUAUCGCGAUGGAGGACCAAUUUGCUGCAGAUGGCCGUGGCCGCAGGCAUCCCACUAUCAGCUUUUCACAAGCGAGAAUUCCAAGAGUUACUACAGGUUAUGAGCCCUAUAAAACUGGAGAACUACGAACUGAUCAGCAGUGUGGCCACUCCAGCGUUCCUCGAAGAGACAGCAGCCAAACUGGCAGAUAGUCAACUGGAUCACGUAAAAGAAGGCAGCCUCAAUUCGACGAUUAAAAGCGGCCUUACGCUGAGUGUAACCUGCUGGCGUACCCUGGAUCUACAGCAACUAGUGGCGUUCACGCUCGUGAAUUCCAAUGGAGACGCCGCCUGUGUUCGGGUAGAAGACAUUGCAGGACAUAUAUCACGACACUCAGGUGGCGACAACGACGCCACGUCUCCCAUGUCACUCCUCCGUCCAGCUCUAUUGCUGCCACUUGCAAACGCCAUUGAGAACGUUCUUCAGGAUCUCAGCGACAGGAAUAUCUCAGUCAUGGGGAUUGUAGCUGACUCAGCUAUCGCAUUAAGUGCUGCCAAGCGAGUUUGUCAGAGUGCACAAUGGCGCUCUCUACUAGUAGUUCCGUGUAUGUCUGCUCUGUUGACGUCACUAGCUGGCAACGUCUUGACGCAUGAAGCUUAUCGUGAUGCAGUUGGACAGCUCGUGGAACUGGCUGCGUAUUUCUCGAACGCACAACUGCAGACCUCUUUGCGUGUCAUGUCCGGAGACGAUGAUGCACGUAUCCCCCUCCCGACAAGAGACCACUGGUUCUCGUUUGUCGCUAGUCUGACUAAGGCCUUGCACUACAGCGACGCUAUCACUGCGUUAUGUCAAGAGGAAGGAGACUCGUCUCUGCCGUUAACACUGCGCGAUCUGGUGCUGGGUAACGACGGUCAACUGUGGAGAACUCUACGAGAACUGGCUGUGCUGCUUGCUCCAUUACGUGAAGCCUACAGCCUCGUGUUCCAGUCCAGACCCAAAGUACACGUGGAUGACAUCACUGAAUACGACAAUGAUGACGAAUGCGCGACGACAGUGCACGGAGGCUUCACUCUGGCUCACGUCAUGUACCAGCUCGGUCGGAUGAGUCAGCAGUACGCAGAGCUAGCAGAGUCUACCGAUAUGAAUGCAUCGUCGAAUGAUGACACGACAGUCGUGGCACGUCGACUUCAUGACGUUCUGGAUGCGAUGUGGCAACGCUAUGAUCUGUCGACGAUGGUACUCGCCAUUGGCGUGUACUGA